CGCUGGUUCCGGAGCACGUCUUGGCGGGGGCGGCAGCGGGAGCGGGGGGAGGAGGAGGGGCGGCAGCGGCCGCGCUGGAAUGUCCCGAGGCGCUGGUGUUGCGACUGAGCGAUGCGGGGCGGGUGGGGCAGCUGAGGCGGCACAUGACGCGGUCGGCAGCGCUGGUGGAGUCGGUGGCAGGCCUUAUGGAGCAAGAGGACCCCUCGCUGGAUCCAACAACCGCUUCUUCAACCACUCCAACCACCGGCAAGACCGCAACCGGCACCGGCACCGGCAGCAGCAGCAGCGGCCUGGGUGUCACUCGGGACCUGCUAGACGAGCUGCUGGCCCACCGAGACGUGUUUGAGUUGUCGGGCUCUCUGCCCUCCCUGGAGCUCAAGCUCAGCGGCAGGCGGCCCAGAGCCUGGCGGACUGUACGGCAGCUGGCGGCGAGGGAGUGUACGACAGCAGCUGCCGGCGGCGCAGCGGCGGCGGCGGCAGUGGGUGCGGUUGUGGAGCUGAGUGGCAGCAUGUACCAGCAAAGUGAAUCGCAUGCAGGGACGGAUGUGGAGGGAGGAGUGAUGACCCAUGGGCCGGGGUCUACGUCGUCGGCGAGUGAUCUGACGGCGGCGGCGGCGGGGUCGACGUCGACGGCGCCGCGACCGCCGUCGGCGAAGUCGGCGAGUCGAGGAAGCGCCGCCGGCACGAGUGCUGCCGCCGCCAGUGUCGGGCCGCCGCCGCAUUCGCGUCCGUCGUCGUCACGCCUCGCCGCUGCCGGCGGUGGCGGCGGUGGAGUUGCGUCGGAGGCGUUAUCGGGAAGUGACGCGGAGGAUGAGUUUGAGGAUGCGGCGGAGUACCAGCAUGGAGAGGAAGAAGCGGCGUCGGAUGAGGAGGAGAGCAGCAACAGCAGCAUUCGCAUGGAAGACAGCGCAUCUUUGAGUGAUGACGAUGAUGGAGAGGAGGAGGGAGAUCAGGAGCAACAUCCUAACAAGGGAGCGGCAGCAGCGGCAACUGCCAAGUUACGGGAGAUCUCCCUGGAGCAGGAGGUACCCCUGCUUGCCGUACGACUAGCCGCUGCUGCCGUACAAUUGCAGUACAGCGCGGAUCGCAUGGCAGUAGCGCUGCGCAUGCAGGCCCUUCAAGUGGAUGAUCAGCUCAUGGGUACGGCAUUGGGACGUCAGUUUGCCGUACUGGCGGUAUCAUCCUCGUCACCAUCAUCUUCAUCAUUGUCGCCGUCGUUAUCAUCGUUGCCGUACAGCGGCAGCGACGUCCGUCGUACCGCCAGCGCGGAGGCCGGCGCCGGCGGCGUCGGAGGAGCCAGCACUGAGUCAUUGGAUGCUCCUCCACUGGUGCAGUUGAGCUUCAUCAGCAACUCCGCAAGCUCAGAUCGCUACCAGAAUCUGGAUUCGGAGCUCACUCUGCACCUCGAGGGCCUCUCCCUGGCCUGCCACCGCCCCACCGUGGCCGCUCUCAUGGGCCUCGGAGCGGACAUGGCAUACGCCAAUUCGCUGCUAGCGGCGGAAAAGCAGGUGGGUGCCGUACAGGCGCCGCCGCCGGGUGCCGUACAGGGUGCCGUACAAGGGAGUACGGCGGCGGCAGUAGCAGCGGCGACGGCGGCGGUGGCGGCGCCCGCAGCCGUGGUCCGUACGGGCGGCGAGGGUCGUACACUCAUGCGGUUGCGACUGAGCAUGGCGAGUUUGCAGCUGGAGAUGCCGUACGAAGUGCUACAGCCGUCGUCGUCGUCGGCUGCGGGAGAGUUCCGAGUGCCACGUGGUUUCUCGGAGCAACAGCAGCAGCAGCAGUCGCACUCGCAGGAACAGCAGCAACAACAGGAGGGAGGAGAAGAGCUAAUUCAGGCGGAUGAGGAAACGGGCGAGAAGGCGCCUAACCGCAGGCAGUUGUUUGCAUUGGGGACCAUGGAUAGCUUCAAUUUCUGUUUGGAUGUACGACCAUCCUCGUUGGAGCUAACCACCUCGUUAGGCAACUUCACGGCGCAGUACGGCUCUCUGCCGUACGACAAUCCGUAUCGUACGAUAUGCACGCUGCGGCCGGGAACCAGCACCUCGCUGAUUGAGGUAGCCUUCAGGAUGCACUCGGCCGCCGAGUCCCUCUCGCAGCCCCGCGUCCCGCCCGGCUCGCCCUUCUACUCCCUAACCGCCAGCCUCAGCGCCGUACAGCUGGUCUACAUGGGCCGUUUCCUCAACGAACUCCUGCCGUACAUCUCAGGGAUGCUCGCCAUGCAGCCCCGGUCCCGACCACCCACCACAUCACCCGGCUCGGACCCGCCACCACACCCCUCCACCUCCUCCGCCUCCACCUCCACCGCCCCGGGUGGUCAUCCCGAAUCCAUCGUCCCACCGUCCGCCGCCGCUACCUCGGCAGACGCUGCUGGCAGCAGCAGCAGCAGCCCCGCCGCUGCCGCCGCCGCCGCCCCCCCCAUGGUGCUGCUGCUAGACGUGUCGCUAGCCUCCCCCGUUAUUACCCUGCCUCAGUGCAGCGACAGCGGACUCAGUUUGCUAGCGGACCUGGGGCACCUGAGGCUGCAGAAUGCGGUGGCGUGGCGGCGG